AUGGGUGAUUUAGUGUCGGAGGGCCAUGCGGUAGAGGAGCUAGUCAGAUCCGUGGAGGAUAUACCCAUCGGCGUCGCGGAUGUUCUGACGGUGCUGCAGCGGCUGUGCUCAGAGCACGACCCUGAGGCCAUGUCCGCCGUGCUGCACCAUGGCCAAGCAUACGCGCUCGACCACUUGCCGCGGCUGCGCCGCCUCGUGUUCCUCACCAUGCGCUUCUUCGAAGCCGCGAGCCACUACCCUCUCUCUGAAUUCCCCAAAGUUAUGCAAGAGCUGGCGGCGUCCUUCCCCGAGGGCAGGAAGGAGGUGGUGGCAAUCAGAGGCGCGCACCAGCACAUCGGCGCGCUGGUCACCUCCAAGCAACUCAUCCUGCAGCCGCGCACCAGCAGCCACGGCUUGCAUGGGGACCUGGAUUGGCAGCAGGAGCAGAGUGAGGGUGCGCUCCUGCUGGCGGAUGGGGGCGUUAAGUGGCACGCAGACGGGGAUGUGAAGCUGCAGGUGAAUGGGGACGUGAAGUGGCAGGCGAAUGGAGACGUGCGGAAGGAGGCUCUGCCUUGCACCCAAGCCACAUCGCACUCCCUCCUCCUAUCCUUUCUCAGUCACCUGGGUCGCCUCGCCAGCACCGUUGUCAAGGCCUCUGACAGCUACCUUCAUCUGAACAAACAGUUGGCACACAUGCUUCAGCCCUCUCCCGCCCUGGGCUCGGCAGAAGUGCCUCUAACUGUACAGGAGAAGUUUCAGCUGCUGCACCCCUCCUAA